CGAGUCGCAACCGUUCCCUAGAAUUUGAAACCCUCACAGCGGCAUACAUGUGCAUUGUGCACUGUGCAGCAUUGGCUUGGCGGUGCAUUAUGCAUUCUUCACACCCGCUAUAGGAAGCCCAAUUCGACUUGAACGUCUCGUGCACAAGGCCUGCCAAAGCCUAAGGUCUCCUCAAAUGCAUGCACUUCUUCUGUGACUUUCUUCAAUUUCACUAUCUGCAAAGGACGGCGGCAGGACAGGAAGGAUUGAGUGCUCCAGUUUCCAAAUCUGGACGGGCCCUCGCUUCUGAUAAAGCAGGCCUGUAUGGUGGUGCAGCUGAAAAUGAAGCAGGUUUCUCGUGACUGCAAGAGCGAGUUGGGAAGCGCAUUAGCACCAAUGCUAUAGCAGCGCAUCUGCUGCACAUAGAGUUGUAAACCCAUUGAGCCCUAAUCCUCCAUCUGCACGCGGCAAUGCUCAAGGCUCUUGGCUGAGUAAAAGGCGCGACUCUCAGCUGUCAUGGUUAUAGAGCUGAAUUGAAUAAGCGCUUAUCAAUGACCACGUUUAUUCAAAGCAAGAGCAGGAAGGACAAGCCCCACAAGAAGCUGAAAGAAAGUCCUGCACAGUAGAGAUGCUGAAACAUUUGAUUCACGAGGGUUACAAUGGAUUACACGCUGCCAGCGCCCAAGUUCUUCGUCGACCAGUUGGCAGAGACAGAGGUGGUGCCGCAAGCGGCAGAGGACACCGAUGACGGUGGACCCAAGUGGAAGCGAUACAGGGCCAGGGGAGUCACUUUCCAGAGAGUCUGGCUACAGGGUGUUCUCUUGGCCUCUGACGAAGACCUGGGGGAAAAGAUCGGGGCGCUUGACGAUGGCACCGGGGUCAUCGAGCUGGACAUGUCCAAGAUGGGGAACGUGCACACACUGCGGGCAGGGGCAUACAUCCUGGUAAUUGGGCCCUUGACCACCGACAAGGACGAUGGGGGUCACUAUGUAAAGGUCCAUAAACUGGUGGACCUGACCAAGGCGCCAAACCGGGAAGCUAUCUGGUUUUUAGAGGUGAUUGAGGCAGACAAGAUGAGAACUGAGGCUAGAGAGGCCCAGUGACAAGUAAGUACUUUUGCCUUACGUUUGCAAAGCUGCAUGGAAAGUCCGAGGCUGAGCAUCGAGGUUGUUGCCUUAGAGCAGCUCAAGACAAAGCGAUGUGAGCCCACUUAUCGUUAUAUCUAUGAUCGAUGCUUGCGCUUGCUUGUAGACCCAGAAAGUCAAAGAGGAGGCUUUGCUGAUACUCGAGUAGGUAGCAAACAAGCGAGGCAAUCGUAAUGAAUCGCAAAUUGUACGAAGAUAGACAGGAAAGGUUGUCUUGCGUUAGCUCAGUAACUGUUUAUGGACAGUUGCAUACGAAGAGAAUCGGGCCGUCGAAAUCAGAACCGUGUGCAGCCGCGCGG